AUGAAAUCCUUCCAAGCCUCGUUAUCGAAAUGGAUGGCCCUUGUUGCACUCCUGUGCGUGGGCCUAUCGCAGGCUCACACGGUCAUCGUCUAUCCCGGAUACCGAGGGAAUAAUCUGCAUACCAACGGCACUGUCGAGGCUACGGACGGUCUCGGAGCAGCGUAUAGCAAUGGGUCCUACUCUUACCCAUACGGAAUGCAAUGGAUCUAUCCUUGUGGUGGAAUGCCUACGUCAACAAACCGAACCAAAUGGCCAGUCGGUGGCGGCGCCGUGUCUCUUCAACCUGGCUGGUUCCAGGGUCAUGCCACGGCGUUCAUCUAUAUGAACCUCGGCCUCGGAGAAAACCCGCCCAACAUGAGCCAUCCGAUGAUCUCUCCGUUCCAGAUCUCAGGCCCGACCAACGAUCCCUACCCGGGUACGAUCUGUCUCCCGCAGGUCCCAUUGCCGGCCAACAUCAGCGUCAGCCCCGGUGACAAAGCGACAAUUCAAGUCAUCGAGUUGGCCAAACACGGAGCGGCUCUAUACAAUUGCGUGGAUAUCGAAUUCGCCGAACCGGAGGACGUCGCCGAGGUUACUCGCGAAAACUGCUUCAACUCCAGCGCCAUCACCUUCCAGUCGGUGUUUACAACGGAAUCUCUCAAAUCGGCGGCUAUUUCUUUGGACCCGACGAGACAGGCUAUCCGGAACGUGAUUCCCUUCCUGAUGGCCGCGGUGAUCGGGUGGAUGAUGGUGUAG